GUCUCUGAGAUUUAUAUGAAAGAAGGGAAGAUCACUUUUAUAGAUGAGAACGGGAUUGUUGCUGUGUUGGAUGGCGAAACGAAAGUGCCAAAGAUUGUGACGAAGAAAAGUGAAAAAUUUGAGGUCAAUGCGAUCGCGUUCGACAACUUGUCAAUCUCAAAUUUUGUGAUGAUUAGACAAGAAGAUUUUAUUUAUGUCAAUUUGAAACCAAAAGAAAAAUCACGUGAUGGGUUGAAAAAGAUUGGCCAAUUCACUCAGAAAGAGGCGGGUUUAAUUGUCGGGGCUGAUUUCUGUCAAAACGGAGAUUUGGUCAUCGUCACUCAACCGUGGCUCAACGUGUUACAAGAACUCCCCGAACCUUUCAAGUUCUAUAAUAAGGUCACAAGGAAUUUUGAUUGA